CGAGCACUUGCGCCUUGUUUGAAACUCCGUACCCUGACUGCGCACCGCAUUUGACGCCUAGCCGUUUACGAGCCGAGCGUGCGAGCGAGACCAUCGAGCAAUGCCGCAUCCUUGCCUAUCCCUCGCCUCGCCUCACGCCGCCAACUGCACGCGCGCUUCUCCGUUUCUUUCCAGGCCUCUCCAAACACCCUCCCCAGCAUGCCUGUGUCGCCCACUUCCGCACGCCCGUGGGGGGGGAUGCACGCUCCGGCCCUCCAGCGACCGUGCUCCCUCCUCCAAUGGCAGGGGGACACGUUCCGUACGAGGUGAGAUUCAGCCCAGCAGCAGAAACAGUAGCAGCAGCAGCAAUAGUAGAGGUAGCGGCAGCGGCAGCGGCGGCGGCGGCGGCGGCGGCGUCGGAGCAAAGGCGCCGUCCAAGGACGGGACACCCGCAGCCACAGCCGCCAAUGCGCGACCUCCACGUGGCGGGUUGCCGCCGCCUCCGACGAUCGCGGACAUCGAAGCGACGGCGGCAGCGCGAGGCGUGCGACUAGAGAUCGAGACGACGGGUCCGCUCUUCACCAUCUCCGCUUACGACGCCACUGGUGCGUUCGACGACCGCCGCGACGGGCGCGACGGGCGCGAGGGGCAGGGCGCGCGGACGAGCGCGGAGAGAGAGGGGAGCGGGGGGAGCAGCGGGAUCGGAAAGGGAGAUAAGCGCGGAGGCAAGCCACGGCUGCUGGGGAGAGCACAGGGGUGUAUCCGGCCUCUGCUGUGGGGCAGUAGUAGCAGCAGCAGCAGCAGCAGCAGCGGUAGCGGCAGCAGUGGCAGUGGCAGCAAGUCCCUGCUCCCCCCGCCCCUGCUGCACUUGGACAGCGUGCGCAUGGCACGGAUCGAGGACGAGCGGCAGCGCGGCGUGUUUGGCGCGGCACUGCUGAUCGGCGCGUUGGUGUUCCGAUGGGCCAUGGAUGUGCACGGGUGCCGCGUGGCGCAGCUGCUUGCCAUAGACGACACCGAUGAGUACCAUGCCAAGUUGGUGCGCUACUACUCGCGGCUGGGCAUGCGGCCAGUGCGGGAGGUGGAGGGGGGGUCGCUGGGCGACAUACCGCACAUGCUCGUGUGGGGGGGAGCGGGCACGCUCAUGGAGGGCGAGAUAGAGCCGCUGCUGCGCCGUUGGGCCAGGGUGUUCCCUCCCGCUGCUGCGCCUGCUGCUGCUGCUGCUGCUGCUGCUGCUGCUGGUGCUGGUUCUUCUGCGGGGAGGGAUGCUGCGAUCGACUGAUGGCUUCCCUGCUGUGUUGGGUGGUGGUGGUGGUUGAACGAUUGCUUCUACGAACUGAUGGACCGACCAACCAACUCUUUUGCUGCUGCUGCUGCUGCUGCUGCUCUGAACCGACGAUUUCCUCAAACCGACUACUGCUCGGGUUGCCAUUGAAGGGAAUUCUCAUCUCAAGCACAGGAACUCUGAUGCUGUACUUCAAUACGGUGCAUGUAAGGACUGGACCUUGAUGGAUGCACCUUUGUCCAACGGCAUGGAGCACGGAGAGUUGCAUUUAGCAUAGCCAGGCAGCAUCAAAGGGUGCAUAGAACACAGCGAGGAAAGACAGGCUGUCUCAAGUCUUGAACAAAACCCUUUUCUAGGC